ACAGCCAUUAGAGAUUCAAUUCAACGGCUGUGAUUGAGUGAUAUACCCCACUAGUUGCUUCAAAACCAUAUAUUUUGUAUUAUCCAUACAUUUACCUAAUUGCUUAAAUUAUUGUUGAUGUUGAUGAAGAUUAGAAGUUACGUCUACUUGUCUUUUCUUGGACAGUUGAGUUUAUAGUUUGUCUUGACGUACAAGAUAAUUUGAAGGGUAGACGUAGACGUUGGAUAAUUUCCUUUGGUAUACUCUUAAAGAAUCUUAGGUGGGUAUCUCUUUGGGUUUGAAGGUUAGAUUCAGAAUCUGCAGAUUCAUUAGCUUUUUGUCCUUUUUUUGUUGUGAUUUCUGUGUUGUAUAUAAAGUUCCAAGUGAAUUUGUAGCUGGUGAAAGGUGAAGUUCUGGUAUGAAUAUGAAGAAACAGAUCAUGGAUGAGUCUGAGAAGUUGUGUUUCAAGAACUUAGGUAUGUCGCCACCUCCUCCUCCACCACUCCCUCUAUCUCCAGGAUAUGGAUCAAGACAGAUGGAUGGAGACAGCAUAACCAAUAAACAGAUCAAGAACUUCUGGAAGCAGAAGCAGAUCAUCGAAGAGGAUCAUCUCUUUUCUGCUAUUAAGGCUGCAGCUCGUGUCAGAGCUCGUAAUCUCUCUGAUGAGGACUACAAACGCUUUGAAGAAAGUUUGUUGGACAUGGAGGAACGGGGAACCGAAGAUCAUCAGGGAUUAAAAGACUGGUGGACAAAGAGCAAAUACGCAUACUUGAACCAGCCAGCUAUUGGAUCUGCAGAUUCACUGAAGAGAAAGAGGUUUUCGACUUAUACACCAAACUGUUUCUCUUUCAAGCCUUGCAAUCCUCUUUACGCAACUUCGCUCAAUGUCUUCUGAACCAUGAGCAAACUCUGCAAGAUCAAUUGUCUUGCAAAUAUGUAUAUAUAUAUAUGUCCUUUGUGGGUGUUGACAUUCAUGUUAACGGAUCUGGACAUUGGUGCGUGGUUCUUGAUUUGUAACUGUUGAAUAAAACUCAAGUGUUUCUAUGGAACAUUAAUUUAUUUUUGUUCCAUAGAUGAUAAAGUUAUUGUACUUUGGUGUUUUAUAUUUCUACCGAUAAGAAAGAUUCAGAUGAAUCAAUCCACUCUUUAGAAUUGAGUGACAAUUUCGUU